CCUCCAGAACAUGGUCUGGGGCUUUGGGCACCUGGGCCGCCGGAGCCUCGCUGUCCUGGGAGCCACCUGGGCCAGGCGCGCUGUGGGUUCAGCCCUUCUGGGAGCUGUUUGUCAACAUACUGACUACAGAAAGUGUCAGGUAAUUAAGCACAGCAUCAUGAAGAUUGAGUUACUGCCAGCCCUAACUGAUAACUACAUGUACUUGAUCAUUGAUGAAGAUACCAAGGAAGCGGCUACUGUGGAUCCAGUACAACCCCAGAAGGUUGUGGAAACAGUAAAAAAACAUGGAGUGAAACUGACCCCUGUUCUUACCACCCAUCACCAUUGGGACCAUGCUGGGGGCAAUGAGAAGCUCGUCAAGAUGGAAUGUGGGUUGAAAGUAUAUGGGGGAGAUGAUCGAGUUGGGGCCCUCACUAACAAAGUGUCACACCUUACUACGAUACAGGUGGGAUCUCUCACUGUCAAAUGCCUGGCAACACCAUGUCACACUUCUGGACACAUCUGUUAUUUUGUGAGUAAGCCCAAUAGUUCAGAGCCACCUGCUGUUUUUACAGGUGAUACCUUAUUUGUAGCUGGUUGUGGGAAGUUUUAUGAAGGAACAGCAGAUGAAAUGUACAAAACCCUGCUUGAAAUUUUGGGCUGUCUUCCCCCAGAAACAAGAGUGUACUGCGGUCAUGAGUACACCAUUAAUAACCUCAAGUUUGCACGUCAUGUUGAACCAAACAAUGUUGCUAUUCAAGAAAAGUUGGCCUGGGCUAAGACAAAAUGUGGCAUCGGAGAACCAGCUGUACCAUCUACUAUUGCUGAGGAGUUUACAUACAACCCAUUCAUGAGAGUGAGGGAGAAGACAGUACAACAGAAUGCAGGGGAGACAGACCCUGUGACCACCAUGAGGGCCAUCCGAAAGGAGAAGGAUAAUUUCAAGGUGCCCAAAGACUGAAGUUCCCCGCAGGAAUGAUCACAAUGCAAAUUUCUCCUGCUAGUCCUUUUUACAGUAAUUUGGGUAUUCUGAUGUUUUAGGUAAUUAAUUUCUCUGUUAUUGUGGGAGAAUCAUUCUUGUUUGUGGUUUGUGUUUUAUUUUAAAAUUGUCUUUAAAAGCCCUUUGUUUCUUUUGCCAAACAUUCUGUGGCAUAUUUAUAAGAUAAAAAAUUUAAAGAAUAUUUAUUCAUAUAAUUUUUGCUUUCAGAUUCUGUAAUGAUCAGUUGUGAUUCUGCAAGCACGCUUUCCUUAGGGGCUUAAGGGGAGAGGAGAUACUCUAAUGUGGUCAAUACUAUGCUUUCGUGAAAUACCCUUACCCUGGAAACUGACCCCAGCAAGAGGCUCCAGGCUUUGUUUGCAGCCCAGCUAGCUUUUUGAGCUGUUUUCAACUCCUACGUUCAUAUUUGUCCUGAACAAGUCUGGCCAAACCCUAGGGAGACACUUGGGCCUGGACCCAGAGGGAGGGAGAAGAAGGUCUGGACAGUAUUACAAUUUGGACCCUUUUCCUUCGUUGCUCCUCUACAGAAGAAGUCUUUCUUGUUGCUUCAAGUUGACCCAGCAUUUAAAAUGAGUUCUCCUUUCCCAGUUCUUUACUUAGACCCCUCUCUAUCCUCAAGAUAACUUCUAGGGCCAGAGGCUAAUGUUUGGAGUUAAUGUUUUACAGAAUUUUAUGCCAUUAUUUUCCAUUGCUCGUAUCAGCAAAAAUUGUUGAGGUCAUGUCCUCUGUAAGGUUGGCAUCCCAUCCCAAUCUGAAUAGGAUCUGGAGGGGGUAAAAAAGAACCUUUGAGAGUAUUAUCUUGGUUUGAGAGAUUUAAAGAUUCAAAAACUUGAAAAGAUCCUUAAACACGUAACAUUGCUGUAUAUAGAAAUUCAGUUUUCAGAUAUUAAAGACUCUUAACUCCACCAAAGCCAA